CAGUAGCUGCCUAAACAGUAACUGUGAAUUUUUCCCUUCUGCUUUGGACAUGAUCCCCACAGCAAAGAUGCUGCUGAGCCUGAUUGCUCUGCUCUCUUCUGCCCUGUUAGCCAACACAGCACCUCCAACUUGCUAUUCAAGGGUGCUGUCCCUGAGCAAAGAAAUCACAGAGUCCUUUAAGGAGCUACAGACCUCUAAAGCUGUGGACUCGUGUGUGGUGAUGAUGCCCAGGCUGUACUUGGACAUACAUAAUUACUGCGUGCUGGCAAAACUCCGGGAUUUUGUGGCCUACCCAAUGUGUGACAGAGUGCUUGAAGUGAGUGAGCUGAAGGAAAAAGCCCGGAGCCUGUACACCAUCAUGAUCUCCUACUGCAGAAGGGACUUGGUGUUCCUCACUGAUGAUUGCAAUGCUCUGGAAAGUCCUAUUGUGCCUCACACUGAGUCCUCCGUCACUGAGAGCUAAGACAGAGUUAACCCCAAAGUUGUACCUGGGAAACUUUCAAGGAGACCAAGAGUCAAAAUAUGCACACACAGUCAACUACAACUGAACAGCUAAGAUCUUUUUCAAGCACACUAGCAAAAUUACCCAUUUUUCUCUGCCUUGGCAGGAAAUGAACUGCAUGCCUCACAUACCUACUGAGCUGCUAGGGAAACUCCAGUUAGAGAGCAUGCUUUCAUUUGGCAAAGUAUGAUAUUUCAGCCUAGCCAAGUGUAUAAAGUAUGUUGUGUUUAAACAUUAGAUACUAAACUCUUUUGUACUCUUUUAUGAAUAACCAGAUUCAUAUAAAGAAAAUACAUUAUGAUCAAUAUUCUACCCCGAGAUGGCAGUUCUUUUUUAAUUAGAUGGGCAUAGAAGGGACCAUGUUUGGUUUUCUUAAAGUGUUUGAUAGGAGAAAUGUAAGUCUGCACUGGCAGCUGUCUCUCUGUUUGUACAGCUCAUAUUUGUAUGCUGAUUGUUUUUGAUGUCAGACUUGUGAGAACUGAGGUGAAAGUAACCCAUCUCUGUGUGCAAACUAA